GUCCGGAGGCAGCGGCUGCACAGGAGCCUUGACGAGGAGCUGCAAGGAUGCUGUCCGUACGCGUCGCCGCUGCCUUGGCCCGCGCCCUCCCCCGCCAAGCCGGGCUGGUCUCUAGAAAUGCCUUGGGGGCAGCCUUUGUUGCAACAAGGAACUUCCAUUCCUCUAACAGCCGCCUUCAGAAGUCUGGCACAGCUGAGGUGUCCUCCAUUCUGGAAGAGCGUAUUUUGGGAGCUGACACCUCUGUUGACCUUGAAGAAACUGGUCGAGUCCUAUCUAUUGGUGAUGGUAUUGCCCGUGUUCAUGGGCUAAGGAAUGUUCAGGCAGAAGAAAUGGUGGAAUUUUCUUCAGGCCUGAAGGGUAUGUCCCUGAACUUGGAACCUGACAACGUUGGUGUUGUCGUGUUUGGUAAUGACAAGCUGAUUAAAGAAGGAGAUAUUGUGAAGAGAACAGGAGCCAUUGUGGAUGUUCCUGUUGGUGAGGAGCUAUUGGGCCGAGUUGUAGAUGCCCUGGGCAACACUAUUGACGGAAAGGGUCCAAUUGGUUCCAAAACUCGUCGAAGAGUUGGUCUGAAGGCCCCUGGAAUCAUUCCUAGAAUUUCUGUGCGUGAACCCAUGCAGACUGGCAUUAAGGCUGUGGAUAGCUUGGUACCAAUUGGCCGUGGUCAGCGUGAGCUGAUUAUUGGUGACAGACAGACAGGCAAAACGUCAAUUGCUAUUGAUACAAUCAUUAAUCAGAAACGCUUUAAUGAUGGAACUGAUGAAAAGAAGAAGCUGUACUGUAUUUAUGUUGCUAUUGGUCAGAAGAGAUCCACUGUUGCCCAGCUGGUGAAGAGACUUACAGAUGCAGAUGCUAUGAAAUACACCAUCGUGGUUUCAGCCACUGCAUCUGAUGCUGCCCCACUUCAGUACUUGGCUCCAUAUUCUGGCUGUUCUAUGGGAGAAUAUUUCCGAGAUAAUGGCAAACAUGCUCUAAUUAUCUAUGAUGAUUUGUCCAAACAGGCUGUUGCCUACCGCCAGAUGUCUCUGCUGCUCCGUCGCCCCCCUGGUCGUGAGGCUUAUCCUGGGGAUGUGUUCUACCUGCACUCGCGUCUGCUGGAGAGAGCAGCCAAAAUGAAUGACGCUUUUGGAGGUGGCUCUUUGACUGCUCUUCCAGUCAUUGAAACACAAGCUGGUGAUGUGUCAGCCUACAUUCCAACAAAUGUCAUCUCCAUCACUGAUGGACAGAUUUUCUUGGAAACCGAAUUGUUCUACAAAGGUAUCCGCCCUGCCAUUAAUGUUGGUCUGUCUGUGUCCCGUGUCGGAUCGGCUGCUCAAACCAGGGCCAUGAAGCAGGUAGCAGGUACCAUGAAGUUGGAGUUGGCUCAGUAUCGUGAAGUGGCAGCUUUUGCCCAGUUUGGUUCUGACCUAGAUGCUGCUACUCAACAGCUGCUGAGCCGUGGUGUGCGUCUGACUGAGCUGCUGAAACAAGGACAGUAUUCUCCCAUGGCAAUUGAAGAGCAGGUGGCAGUCAUCUACGCUGGUGUACGAGGGUAUCUGGACAAACUGGAGCCCAGCAAAAUCACCAAGUUUGAGAGUGCUUUCUUGGCGCAUGUCAUCAGCCAACACCAGUCCCUCUUGAGUAAUAUCAGGACUGAUGGAAAGAUCUCUGAACAGUCGGAUGCAAAGCUGAAGGAAAUUGUCACAAACUUCUUGGCUGGAUUUGAACCUUAA